GAUGACUUGACCAAGCUAGCCGCCGGUAACUUUAAUUUUCCACAUUAUUAUCUAGGAAAUACCAGUCCUUCAAAAUCACUAUAUAUUCCAUUUUAUUUUACAACUUUAACCAUUUUGAUCAUAUAUGUAUCUUGUCAAUUAAUACAAACAUUUGUUUCACAAUUGUCUAGCAUCUUAGUAGUUGCCAACAAUUAUCAGACAAGCCGCGCUCCUUUAUAUUAAGGUGCUCUUUUAUCCUACUAAUAAAUGGAGAAUCAGUGGAUGCCCUUUCUUGGUUCAACAUGUUGUUACAACUCUAUGAAUGGAUGGAUCUCGGGAUUAAAGACCGAGAAUUCUAAUUCUACAGCAAGAGAGCAACACGUAUCCAACAUAAAACACAGCCCUGUGGGAGUUGUUUCAUCAGAAACUCAUACUACCAAUAUUAUAUCAUCGCUUAAGAAGAAGGGGGAUAAGAAAAUUAAGAAGCCCAGAUUUGCUUUCCAAACAAGAAGCCAGGUUGAUAUUCUUGAUGAUGGCUAUCGCUGGAGAAAAUAUGGACAAAAAGCUGUCAAGAACAACAACUACCCAAGAAGCUACUACAAAUGUACACAUCAAGGAUGCAAUGUGAAGAAGCAAGUACAACGCCUUUCCAAAGAUGAAGGAGUUGUGGUGACAACUUACGAAGGCAUGCACACUCAUCCUAUUGACAAGCCAACUGACAAUUUUGAACAAAUCCUCCAUCAGAUGCAUAUUAUUCCUCCCCAUUAAUUAAUUAUUUCAAUUUUAUGCUUCCAAAUAAAUUAAAGGGGACGUAUAAAAUCUGUCGAUGUAGCUAAAAACAAGAGAUAAAUGCUGCUUGAAGAUCAUUAGAGUUGUAAGUGCAUCAAACAAAUGUAUAGUAUUUACUAUUGAUUAAAACAUAUGAGUUCUGGAGAUACAAUUUUCCUACGUACUCGUUACUACACAUUAUUUCACGAAUAAUGCAUGGUUGCUAUGAAAAGAUUCUGUUUUAUUUUGA